GAAUAUGGCGAACCCCUAUGAAGACAACAAAACUUUCCCGGCCGUUGAUGUCAAUGACGUUCUUGAUCCGGGCAGCAAGAAGGAUUUUGAGGUCGAUCCUAUUUCCGCCGAAGUAGCUACUACAUUGGAGAUUAAGGAUAUUAAGGAACGAGUGAACAAAGCUGUACAAGAAGAAGAGGAGGAAAAUAACGAUGUCUUGCGACACCUGAAAUCGACAAUAAUUGUGUCGGCUAUUGUGGUGGCAGUUGCUGGAGCAAUAUUUGCUAUAACCAAGAAACUCAGAGAGAAAUGAGCAAUUUUUCGUUGGGCAUGAUUUUGCUAGUAAAAAAUAUUUUGUUAUAUUUUAAAGUUAA